UAAUUCAGUUUUCAUUUCAUUCGCCCAUUUUCGAAGCUCUGGUUUGAAGUAGCUGCGUUGAGCAAAUUUCCGAUAGUUGAUUGCAAGGAAUUGUAACUUACGCUCCGAUCACUGAAUUUGGAACAGCUGCUGUAGCUCCACAAUUCGAUUUUCUGAAACUGCAGCGUCUUUCGUCUCUAGCUUCAGGGUUUUCACGAUAGGACAUGACAAAUGCUUGCCAUUUCAACUUGUUUAAGGCUAUAGGUUUGGCAAGAGGAGCAUCAGUGCGACAAUCACUAAGUUCUUGUGGCACUACUGUGUAUUUGUCUAAGUGCUCGUUAAGAAAGAUUCACAUGGAAGGCAGUAAAAAGAGUGACUCAAGAGGUGCAUUAAUUGUUCUAGAAGGUCUGGAUCGUUGUGGAAAGACCUCGCAGUGCAGUAGAUUGCUAUCUUCCCUGGAAAAGUCAGGUCAUGCAGUUGAAUCAUGGAGAUUUCCUGAUAGAAACACGGGCGUUGGACAAAUGAUAUCAUCUUAUCUAGCCAACGAUUCUCAUUUGGACGAUCGUGCAAUCCAUCUACUCUUCAGUGCAAAUCGCUGGGAGAAGAGAUCGCUGAUGAAGUCAAAGCUCAGGAGUGGAACCACACUUAUUGUUGAUCGUUAUUCUUUUUCUGGGGUUGCUUUCUCAUCUGCCAAAGGACUUGAUAUGGAGUGGUGCAAGGCUCCAGAGAUAGGAUUGCUAGCUCCAGACCUAGUUGUAUACCUUGAAAUAUCACCAGAGCAAGCUGCUGAAAGAGGAGGCUAUGGAGGUGAGAGGUAUGAGAAGCUCGAGUUUCAGAAAAGAGUGGCUGAAUCAUACAAGACACUUCGUGAUGCCACAUGGAAGAUCAUCGAUGCUACCCUCCCAAUCGAAGAUGUUGAGAAACAACUGAGAGAGAUUGUGAUGGAAUGUGUACUGGCAUGCGGAGAAGGGAAGCCUCUCUCAGAGCUGUGGCCAAAAUAGAUGUUUAUGCAGUUUUGUGGAGUUGAAUUUAUAUAACAUAUAGGCUUGGAUUUUGGCUUGAAUGUAUGAUUACUUGAUAUCACUCUGUUUUAUUUUUACACAAGUAUAUCAUUAGUUUAAUGUAACACAAAAGAUUAUCUUGAGUGUAUGUGAUGGUUAUUAUGAGUGUGAUUUUACAUUCCUAAUGAAGGAUAAUUCAAGAAAAUCAGAUUUAUCUUUU